GAAGCGGAAUGGGAAGGACGGAUAUCGUCACCGCGGCUUCUGAUUGGUUGGCCGCCUAGCCGGGGCACUUGGGUGUCUUUUUCUCGCGCCACUUUUCAGGCGCUUUGGCGCGAGAGAGCGUGGAGCUGCUAUGGAGGGCAGCGGGGAGAGCGCGCGCAACGGGGCCGGUUGCCAUGGAGAAACAUCUGAUUCUGCAAAUCUUAUAGCUUCACGUUCACGGCGUGAGAAGAAAUGUAAACAAGGGAGACAGGAUGCAUUGGAACGCUUGAAAAAGGCAAAGGCUGGGGAGAAAAUAAAAUAUGAGGUUGAGGAAUUCACAAGUGUUUAUGAUGAAAUUGAUGAAGAACAGUAUUCUAAGAUUGUUCAAGAACGCCAGGAGGAUGACUGGAUUGUGGAUGAUGAUGGUGUUGGUUAUGUUGAAGAUGGCAGGGAGAUUUUUGAUGAAGACUUAGAAGAUGAUGCUCUUGACUCCAACAAGAAAAGAAAAAGAGACACAGCUUCCACAAAUGAAAAGAAAAAUGUGAAGAAAUCUCUAGUAUCAAAACCAAACACCAUUAAAUCUAUGUUUAUGGCCAAUACUGGGAAGAAAAAAACUGAUAAAACGGUUGAUCUGUCUAAGGAUGAUUUGCUAGGAGACAUUCUCCAAGAUCUGAAUGCAGAGUCUCUUCAUAUGGCACCACCACCUGUUCCAGUGCUAAAAAAGAAGAGGCUAUUUGGAACACCAUUAAAUCCUUUCUCUCUGCAGUCUCAAGGUGCAACCUCCAAGAAAAUUUCUUCUGUGGUUCAUCAGACUGUUACUCCUGAGAAGAAAGAAAUUUCUGUGGUGUAUCCAUCUCAUUCUAAGCAUUCAGGUUAUCCAGCCACAUCAGAGGCAAUCAAAGAGGAGAGCACUCCCCCGGAAAAAGAAGUGGAUAAUGGAGGUCUGCUGAAAAUUAAGCAAGAGAAUAUUAUUGAAGAAGAUGAGCAAGCAAUGAUGGAUUUUGAUGAUGGGGAUUUUGAUGAGCCUUUGGAGGAAGUCAGAACUGUGGCAGAAAAAGAGACAUCUGUGAAGGAAGAGUUGAAAUUAGAAAACAAGCAGGUGGAGCAAAAGGACUCUGAGAAAACAGGUUCACAUUUCUUAAACUCCUCCCUCCCUGACAUUUCCUGUUGGGACAGAAUUGAUGAAGAUGAAGAUGGUCUUCUAACCUCAGAAAUUCAAGUAGACUCCAGUCAACUCCCAUUAACAACUGGGGAAGAUGGGCAGCAAGUAUUUAGGUUCUAUUGGCUGGAUGCUUAUGAAGACCAGUAUACCCAACCAGGAGUGGUAUAUCUCUUCGGUAAAGUGUGGAUUGAGUCAGCGAAGUCCUAUGUGAGCUGUUGUGUGACAGUAAAAAAUAUUGAGAGAACUAUUUACUUACUGCCACGUGAGUCGCGAAUUAAUAUGUCUUCUGGCAAAGAGACAAAGGAUACUGUGACUAUGAAGGACGUCUAUGAAGAAUUUAAUGACCACGUUGCAGAAAAAUACAAAAUAAUGAAGUACAAGUCCAAGAAAGUGGAAAAGAAGUAUGCUUUUGAGAUACCAGAUGUUCCUGCAAAUUCUGAUUACUUAGAAGUUAGAUACUUGGCUGAAUUUCCUCGGCUUCCUCAAGACUUGAAAGGAGAGACAUUUUCCCAUGUAUUUGGAACAAACACUUCCAGUCUAGAACUGUUGUUAAUGAACAGGAAGAUGAAAGGGCCAGGCUGGCUGGAAAUAAAAAACCCACAACUCUUGACGCAGCCUGUCAGCUGGUGUAAAGUAGAAUUAAUUGCACUGAAGCCUGAUUUUGUGAAUGUGGUGAAAGAUCCUUCCCUGCCUCCUCUUGUGGUCAUGUCUCUGAGCAUGAAGACAGUCCAGAACACAAAGACCCAUCAGAAUGAGAUAAUGGCGAUUACAGCUUUAGUACAUCACAAAUUUUGUCUCGACAAAGCACCACCUGUGCCUCCCUUUCAGACCCAUUUCUGUGUUAUUUCCAAACCAAAUGAUUGCAUUUUCCCAUAUGACUUCAAGGAAACAGCUAGGCAUAAGAAAGCCAAAAUAGAGAUUGCCACAACAGAAAGGACGCUGCUGGGCUUUUUCUUGGCAAAGAUUCAUAAAAUUGAUCCAGAUGUUAUUGUGGGGCACAAUAUUUAUGGCUUUGAUUUGGAACUACUACUCCAGAGAAUAAACUUUGGCAAAGUCCCACACUGGUCUAAGAUAGGUCGACUGAGGAGAUCAAAUAUGCCAAAACUUGGGGGUCGUAGUGGAUUUGCUGAAAAGAGUGCAACUUGUGGUAGAAUGGUCUGUGAUGUAGAAAUUUCAGCUAAGGAACUGAUUCGUUGUAAAAGUUACCAUUUGACUGACCUUGUCAAUCAGAUUCUGAAAAAGGAAAGAGUGACAAUCCCACCUGAAGAGAUACGAAAUAUGUACAGUGACUCCCAUCAGUUACUUUACAUGGUGGAAAAUACCUGGAUUGACGCCAAUUACAUUUUACAAAUAAUGUGUGAGCUGAAUGUUCUUCCACUAGCACUACAGAUUACAAAUAUUGCUGGCAAUGUUAUGUCAAGGACACUGAUGGGUGGGAGAGCCGAACGUAAUGAGUACUUACUCCUUCAUGCAUUUUAUGACAAGGAGUUUAUUGUGCCUGAUAAACAACUGUUUAAAAAGACUCAGCAGAAACAGCUGGAAGAAGAUGAAGAUUUUGAAGGAGAUCAGAAUAAAUCCAAAAUAGGGCGAAAAAAAGCAGCAUAUUCUGGAGGUUUAGUUUUGGAUCCCAAAGUUGGUUUUUAUGACAAGUUUAUUUUGCUUUUAGACUUCAAUAGCUUGUACCCUUCAAUUAUUCAAGAGUUCAAUAUCUGCUUCACAACGGUUGACCGAGUAUCUCCCAGUCAGCAAAAAAAGACAGAGGAUGGUGGAGGAGAAGAGGAAAUUCCUGAAUUACCAGAUUCAACUCUAGACAUGGGAAUUUUGCCAAAAGAGAUCAGGAAGCUAGUUGAGCGAAGGCGUCAGGUGAAGCAAUUGAUGAAACAACCAGAUUUAAAUUCUGACCUCUACUUACAGUAUGAUAUCAGGCAGAAGGCAUUGAAGCUUACAGCUAAUAGCAUGUAUGGAUGCCUAGGGUUUUCCUAUAGCAGAUUCUACGCAAAGCCCCUUGCUGCUCUGGUGACUUUCAAAGGCAGAGAGAUUUUGAUGCAUACCAAGGAGAUGGUAGAGAAGAUGAAUCUGGAAGUAAUUUAUGGUGAUACAGACUCUAUUAUGAUAAAUACAAACCUUGUUAAUCUGGAAGAAGUGUUUAAACUGGGAAACAAGAUAAAAAGUGAAGUGAACAAGCUGUACAAGUUAUUGGAGAUUGAUAUUGAUGGGAUCUUUAAGUCCCUUUUACUACUAAAAAAGAAAAAAUAUGCUGCUCUGGUUGUGGAACCAACAGGAGAUGGAAAAUACAUUACCAAGCAAGAACUUAAAGGACUGGAUAUAGUCCGAAGAGACUGGUGUGAUCUUGCUAAAGAGACUGGAAAUUAUAUAAUUAGCCAGAUACUUUCCGACCAAUCCCGAGACGUAAUUGUCGAAAAUAUACAGAGGAGGUUAAUUCAGAUUGGAGAAAAUGUAGUAAAUGGAAGCACUCCAAUAAAACAAUUUGAAAUCAACAAGGCAUUGACAAAGGAUCCUCAAGAUUAUCCAGACAAAAAGAGUCUUCCUCAUGUGCAUGUUGCUCUGUGGAUCAAUUCUCAGGAGGGCAGAAAACUGAAAGCUGGAGAUACUGUAUCAUAUGUUAUCUGCCAGGAUGGAUCAAAUCUAAGUGCCAGCCAGAGAGCAUAUGCUCCAGAACAGUUGAAAAAGCAAGAAAAUCUUGCUAUUGAUACUCAGUACUAUCUGUCACAACAGGUUCAUCCAGUAGUGGCUCGUAUUUGUGAACCCAUAGAGGGAGUUGAUUCUGUCCUUAUUGCGACGUGGCUUGGGCUGGAUCCUUCACAGUUCAAAGUCUAUCACCAUUAUCAUAAAGAUGAGGGGAACGAUGAUUUGCUUGGUGGCCCUGUUCAGCUCACUGAUGAAGAGAAAUAUAAAGACUGUGAAAGAUUCAAGAUUGCCUGCCCGAAAUGUGGAACAGAGAACCUUUAUAACAGUGUCUUUAAUGGUUCGGAUCUGAUGAUUGAAGCCAGCUUGCUCCACUGUACCAAAAAAGAAUGCAAUGAAUCACCUUCGAAUUACUUGAUGCAAAUUAACAACAAACUUAUCUUGGAUAUAAGAUGUUAUAUUAAAAAGUACUACACCAGUUGGCUGAGGUGUGAAGAACAGACAUGCCAAUAUCGCACACGUCGGCUCCCCCUACGUUUUUCCCGGAAUGGUCCUUUAUGUCCUGUCUGUAGGAAGGCAGUUGUUAAACGAGAGUAUUCCGACAAGGCCCUAUUUACCCAGCUGUGCUUCUACCGGUACAUUUUUGAUGUGGACUAUGCAAAGCAAAAGCUUACUAAUCAGGAGAAAGAUCGAUUGAAUUGCCAGGGAUUCUUCAGCGAAAAGAACAAGGAAAUGUACAAAAAGUUGAAGAACACUGUAGACCAGUGGUUGACCAUGAGCAGCUAUUCUGAAGUGGACCUCAGCAAACUUUUUCAGACAUUUAAUAUAGCAAAAUCUGUGGGAAAUCCCAGUACAUAACACUGCAUUUAAAGAGAAUAGUACAAGAGGGCUUUUUGAGGACUCUUUUCUAGACAAAAAUCUUCUUUUUUUUCCUUUCUGAUUUUCCAUUUAUACUUGAGCAGAAAUUCUGUUGUCUGUCACUUAAAGAGAUUGAAAUAGAAUCUGACUUUAUUCAGUAGCAAAUAUGAAAAAGAAAAGCCAUCUGAAAGUGAGUAGAUAAUAUACUGGGCACCUGUACCACUUAUGUUUCAAUAAAUAUCUAUUUGUUGUAUAUCUAGCCCUGGAAGGGAAGAAAGGGGUGGGGAAAUGGCUCCUUUAAUUGAAUAAUUCCCAGUGAGAGUUGCUGGAAUGUAAGUGAUCCUAGACUUUGCUCCAGGGUAUUUAGUAGAGGUGCUCUCAGGAAAAGAGGUUAGUGGAGGUCUCAGUAGGAGCACUAAUGUUUUCCCUUUUUACUAUUUAUCUAGUUUGUGAUCAUAUACACAGCCGUUCAAAACAAUGCUAAACCUAAAGGCUUCCUAUUAAUACUUGGUUCUAAUGUGAUCUUUACUUGUGAAACUAUUUUGGGAGAUGAGUUAUUUUGUGUUUGUUUUUGCCAGACAGUGUUUGUUCAAAUAAAAUGCAGAGUAACUGCAUGGGAAUUAAUGUUAAAGCACCAAUUGCCCUCUGAAGAGGGCAGAAAGACAGCAUUGGUUUGUGGCAGAUUCUCCCUGCCACAUACAUGUAUACUUUAGUUCUUUGGCAAGAAAACCUAGUAUCAUGAGACAAGAAGACCCGAGAUGUAAAAAUGGGACAUAUUCCAACCCCAAAAUACUUCCUAGCCUUUGGUACAGAAAUAAAGCCCUGGAAAAGUUUUAGGAGGCUGAUAAAUAUGGUCUAGACUUGGCAUGGGCAAACUUGGGCUCUCCAGGUGUUUUGGACUUCAACUCCCAUAAUUCCUAACAGCCUCGGGCCCCUCACUUUUCCCCCUCAGCCACUUAAGCUGAGGCUGUUAGGAAUUGUGGGAGUUGAAGUCCAGAAUACCUGGAGGAACCAAGUUUGCCCAUGCUUGCUCUAGAGUGUUCACUGCUGGUAAAAUCAUCAACAGAAGUAGUGUCAAACAGUAUUUGGGGAGAGGGGGAGGGGGAAUCUUGACUUUUUUACAGAACUGGUCUAAAAUUUCCUAGAUUUAUACUGUUGUCUGUUCAUAUAUACAUAUAAAGUUAUUUUAAUACAAAUGCAAAGUGCUACACUUCUAAAAGAAAACUAAUUUAAAAAUUAUUAUGUAAAAAAAUUGAAUGAUGAGCAUAUUUUAAACUUAUCAGUGAGAUAACACAGUGAUACUCAUUUAUACCACAAGUUUAGAUCUUUGCAAUUGAGUAAGGAAAAUACCCAGGGUGCUGUUUCCCAUCAAACAGUAACUAGUGAGAGGUCCUUAAAAGAUUUUAUUUCAUAGGAAUUAUCAAUUCAUCUCCUAGUAUACCCCAAAAUGACAAAUAACAUGAAGUUUGAGAAUAUCCCUUUGACCCUGGCCUCGGACUAAUGCGGGAACAAUGGAUGAAGUUAGCACAUCAAUAAAGAAACAUGAGUGGCUACAUCACAUCAUUCAUAAUUGGGAUUUUUAAAAGUCCCACAAUUUCCCAUAUAUUGACCAUUUUCAUGCUAGUUAAUGUGUCUGAUCACAUACAGAAAUUGGGAAUCACACAUGUUUAAAGAUAUUUGUAUCAAUUUAGUAUUCCUUGACUUGCCUACAAAGGUUUCUAUAUGUUCUUAGAUGAAAUGUUGCUCAGUACGCAAGCAAACGUGAAUAUGCUAUUGAAAUAAAUUGAGAAACUCUUAACUUUGUGUCUGCUACAGAGCUCUUGGGUAAAUUAAUGGUGCUUCCAUGUAUCCUCUUUUAUUUCCUCAUCAUGCCAUUUCUGUCUUAUUUGAAGAGAAAUCUCAUAUGGACCACCAUACUUGAUUAAUCACCUCCCAGUGCUAUUAUCCAGACUGUUUUCUUUCCCCUUUUGGUGAGUUGGAAAAAUAUGCAAGUUUUGCUGUCCCCCCACAUUCAGAAGGUGUAAUGUAUUUGCAUAAUAUGAUACAAAGCAGACCUACCUGACAAAUCAAAAUGAAAAAUGGAACAACCUAUGUGUAUGCAUGUGCACCAUCUGUCAUGGAAAACUGGAUAAAGGAGUCAUUUUCAAGUGAGCAUCCAGGUUAAUGUAAUGUCUGGUGUUCAGGAUGGUCAAAUAAAGACUGAACUGCUCUGCCUGA